CAUCGAUUUGACAUGGUUAACAGAAAAUUAUCUUUAUGGUGUGAAGUUUUAUUAUAGUGCAACUUUUUAUGGAAUAUAAAGUGAUUAAAAAUAAUCUUAUAGAUUAUCAUUGACAAAAAAUGGGCGCACACUGGAACAAAGGCAACUACAUUAAAGAAAUAAUUAUAUCUGUGAUAAUCAUAACAAUUGUACCUCAAUCAACUUACGGAUUGAUUUCACCUGAAACAUACUUAUCAAAUAUUUCUAGCAGUGAGGCAAAACACACCUUCAAAAAUGACGUCUCACUAACUGAUAAUGAAAUAAAAACAAUUUUAUAUCAAUUCAAUAAAAUUGAUGAUGAUUUCAAAACAAUACAGAGAAUUUUUAGUUUACAAUCCAAAGAGUCCAAAACACGCACAAUAAGAUCAAUGCAAAAUAGACUUAACUGUACAAUUUCAAAGGAUAAAUUAACAAAUUUAAAGAAUGAAAUAAAAAAUAUACUUUCACAAUCAACAAGUGAAAGUAAAUCAAUUAAAUGUACCCUGGAUGAAACCGAUUCGAAUAAUUGUAACGAACUGAUAAAAGUAAUUCAAUGUGGAAUUAAACAUUUCAAGAACAGUUUAAAUUUAAAUAAAGGAUCCAUCAAUGAAAUUGUAAUUUGGCAAAAUAUGUACAAUGACUUACUUGAUAAAUUUGAGAAGAAUAGUAAUAAUAUAGAACAGGCUUUAUCACAAGAACAUAAAAAAGAAUUGGAUAAAUUACGAAAUGAUUUACAAGAUUUAGGUAAAUUAUUGAAUACAGCCUUGGAAAGCUUACAAACUGCUCUUAUCGAAUUAUGCGUCUCUAAAAUUAAACUUGGGAACAUUGAAGAGGCUGUUAAAUAUUCUAAAGAUUUAAAAUCAAUUUCAAUAUCAAAAAUAAUCAAUAAAUCGUAUAAUGAUGGCUAUAAAGAAUUGAAACAUUUUCAAAAAAUCAUCCAAUUUAUCACACUUCAACCCAAAGAACAAAAUUUGAAUGGUUUAGAAACUUUGUAUAACGAGAUGAAAUUGAUAAAUGAUUUGUAUUCGUUAAAUGUUAUUUUAUUAGCUUCAGGUAUUCAAAGGUCACCUGCAAAGAAUGACUUAAAAAAUUUAAAUGUAAAAAUUGAAAAUUAUUCAAAUAAGAUCAAAGACUUAUGGACGAAUAUGAUUUUGAAUAAUGGUGGGGAUGAACAACUUAAGAAUUUUGCGAAAAAUUUUCCGAAUCAGUUUCAUGAUCAUUUGAAUGAUACUAUGCAGAAGACUUUAAGAAUCACAGAUGCUAUAACAGAGAAAUUUGAUAAUAUAAUCAAAUUUAUAGAAGGUUUGACGGACCUAGAACAACAGUCUCUAGCAUGUUUAGUGCUGUUUAAAGAAAUGAAUAGACAAAAUAUGCUUAAAACAAACAGCGAAGCCGGAUUAAUUUUUAUCCCCAAAAAGUACACCAAGAGGCAUAUAUCUCUUCUCGUAUGGACGCGUGGCGUUCCAGGACAAAUAGAAAUUUGUCAAAGAUGUCAAUUAUUAAGGGUCCAUAUAUCAUCAUUGCGUUUUAAUUUAGCAUAGAAGCGUUUUAUUUCAGCAUAUUUAGACAUAGAAGCUCAAAUGAUUUUAUGUUGUUUUCGACAAAAAAAAGGAUUUAUCGUUUUGAAGCGGCCGUCUAUCUGUCUAUCUACGUAUAAUGAAAAUUUCAUAAGCCAUUUUAUAUUCAACUAGAAGUUACUCGCCCAAUUCACUUGGAAAUUUCAAAUUUUGAAACAACGACUGCUUAAAGCCUUUACCUCCUUGCCCUCACUUGUUCCUCUUUUUGUUCACAAUUUCUUUCUUUGAGUUUAUUUAUUAUAAUUAUUGGCAAUUUUUUAAUACCUUGGGAUAUCUUACUGCAAAUUUCAUAGAUAUCUCUAAUAUGUUCGCUAAUACUACAUAACCUAUUCCAAAUAAAUCUGGGGAUCUAGGAAAAAGUAGACCGGAAAAAUAGACCCAUCCAAAAUAGUCUGAACAAAAUUCCUGUUAUAGUGGAUGAACCAAUUUUGAUUUGCUUGUUUGAAAGGUAAUUUCAUAGACUGUGUUAUUGGCUAUACGUUAAGAUAAUCUGUCCAGCCGUUGGAAGAUGACCUCUUUUCUAGUUGUUAUAGAAUGCGAAACCCUAAACUCGAACAUGAAACAUAAAACACUCUCGAUAAAAUUAAAUAUCAAACA